UCGGCAUUGGUUGUUCCCGUCGCAAUGAUAAUCUCGUGGCUAACCUUCCUCGGCCUUUGUCUAAAUCUGAAUCUCGGCUCAGCGUUGCAGGUUCCGCAGCACAAUUGCGAAAGGUAUUUCUCCUACUACCAAGAGCACGGUGGAGAUUAUAUUGGGGUUUUCACGGCCCCGCGUUCGGGAAUCAGUAGCUUAUCAUGGGAAGUAGUAUUCACUGCUCACGGAACUGGACAGGCUAACACUGUCAGUUCCUUGCACCCUUAUCCCACCAAGGAAAAAGCCUUCGAGAAUAUACACAAUGGUGAGCGUGGACAGGUGUAUCUGCGCUUCCAGAACUUUGGCAAUGAACUGCCCAAGCUAACUCGAGCGGAAUUCAAUGACGAACUUUUGUGUCGAAACGAUGAAUAUGAUGCUCCUUCGAGCACAAUGACCCGACGGCAGUCCAUGUCUACGUCAACACCCAUUCGACAAAAUUUCGUACCAAAUCAAACCGUGCCCCAGUCUCUUCCCAAUCCCAAACCCAAUCCAAAACCCAAUCCUUUCCUACCCCAAAAUAAGCCAAAAAUAGAGUCUGAUUUUGAGCAGUGUGGUGUUGAGGGUUUUGCGCCUCUUCAAAUCGGUGGCGACCUUGUGACCCGUGGUCAGUAUCCCUGGCUGGCAGCCCUCUAUGAAGGUGGCGCCACGGCUACAUACAAAUGCGUUGUCUCAGUGAUAUCUAAAAGGACUGUUAUCACGGCGGCCCACUGCAUUUAUGGCAAGAGUGCCAGCCAACUGUGGGUCUAUCUGGGCAGACACGAUCGCUAUGAGAAUCCGGAAAAUGGAGCUUCUUUGGUCAGUGUGUCCAGCGUGCUUACACCUUCGGCGUACGAGGGCAGUCCAGUACCGGACUCGGAUGUGGGCCUUCUGGUGCUGAACGAGGCGAUGGUAUAUACCAAGUACAUUCAACCACUAUGCCUAUGGACAUCCAAUAUGGGUCUGCCACCGAAUGAGGGUGAUACUGGGGCAGUGGCCGGAUGGGGCUAUGAUCGAAGUGCCCAGAAGACAAGAUUCCCGAAGACAGUGAGUGUGCGUUUGGUGCCCAGGGAUCAGUGCCUCAAGGAGAUGAAACGAGCGGAGGACUUCAUCACACGCCGUACUGUUUGUGCUGGAAAUUCGGAAUCUCAUGGUCCCUGCUUUGGAGACUCGGGAUCUGCCCUGAUAGUCCUGCGGAAUAAUCGAUGGUACAUUCGUGGAGUGGUAUCGUUAUCACCUCGUCAGGGAGACAUAUGUGACCUUAGCAAAUACGUCAUUUAUUGUGAUGUAGCCAAGCAUCUGGACUGGGUUCGUCAAAAUAUGGUGAUGUGAGAAGACAACUUUUGUGUUAAAAGUAGUUAAAAGUGUUCAAAGUGACAAGUUAACAAGUUGAAUAGCCAUACCCGGAUUUUAAUAUUUAAUAGUUAAUAAAAGUACAAAAAGUGUUUAACUCCUUGCGGUAACCAUCUACUUCACAAUUGCUUACAAUAUCGAUCGAAUAAGUACGAGUAUAUAGUGAAUACCAGUUGUCUAAUAUAUUACUUAGCCUUAAGCCCGUGAUGUUUAUGAUCACUGAUUAAAUGUCUUUAAGGAAUGCCAAAUACUUUUGCUGGGAAGAGAGUGAUGCGUAAGAGAAUCGGGUAUGUUUUUCAUUUUCUAAAAAUGAUAAACAAGAUUUGAUAUAGGAACAGCUCUAUCGUUUGUAAGAUUUUUUAAUUGUAGUUAUUUCUGGUUUUUGUAACACCCUUUAUGUGCUUAUCAAUGAAAGGAAACCUAAAUGUUUAUUUUCUUAUCAAUUGUAAUACCAUAAAAUUUAAAGAGUGAAUCCCAGAUAAAACUGGAAUUGAUGAUUAAGAUAUAAUCUCUUCGAGUUGGAUAUCACAAUUAACUAGAUUUGUUUUGUUUACACAGAAUCUCCCACGUUUAUUAUGAGAGGGGGUUUCACUCAAAACCGAGAUGAGAAGAUUGUUUCUAGACAACAAAGUCUGGCCUGCUACUGUGCUUUCAUAGGAUAUUAGGUGGGGUAUACUGUUUAUUAAACUUUUAUUUCAACUUAAAAAUGUAAAAAUGUUAACCUUUUUUAAUAUGUUUUGUACUUUCUGAUAGCAAAAUCAAUAAGACAUUUAAAUUUGUAUUCGUUUAAAAAACAGCGCACUAUUCAUCAUUAUAAGUCGGUGUAAUAAUAUAAAUUUAUUAAAUAAAAAGUAAAAAGAUGUCGA